AUGAAGAAGAAAUCUUCAGUAAAAACCAGUUCAGAGCAACGAUUUGUUUUCAAAUCGAGAAAAGCUGAACGUAAAGCCUUGCGCCAAAUGAAAAAACAAAAAAAGGGACACUUGCAGCAAGCCAUAAAAAAUGAAGUUAAUGUAACUAAUGUGAGUAAAGUGAAUGCUAAAAAAAAAAAAUCACCUGUGACUUCAAGCGUAUCCGAUUGGAGAGUAGUAGAUAGAAACAAAGAAAAAUCUGAAGAAAAUAAACUAAAAAAACAAUAUGAGAAAUGUCGUCGUGAGCAAUUGUUAAAAGCAAAUGAAGAAGAAGAUAAAGAAAUCAAAAGAUUGGCAAAACAUUUAAAAAUAGACAAGAGGAAAACAGUUGGGAAGUCUUUUGUUGAUGAUGGACUUGAUUGUAUCCUUUUAUAAAUUAUAUUUUUAUAUAUUUAAAUUCAAACAUUGUAGGUACUAUGUAGAACAUGUUUUAUAGACUUUAAUCAAAAUAUGUACAUUUUGGUUUAAACCUCUGCAAUAAUAUAAUAUAUUAUGUAGGACAGCUGUAGGAUAAUUUCUUCUUAAUGUAUAUAUAUAUAUAUUAAUUUAACCUUAAUUAAUUUUGUAACUAGACUUGUUGGAUAUGUGUGAUCCCGAAACACGUAAAAACUGUGCAACUUUAAAAGAAAGUUUAAUGGACAUUGAUUCAAACUUUGAUGAUGAUUAUAAAUCUGUUAAUGCUUUGAAUAGUAAAAAGAAAAAAAAAUCAGAAAUUAAACCAAAAAAAAAAGUUACAUUUGAUUGCACUGAUGGAAAUUCAUCUAUGGAAGAAACGUUUGAUUAUGAUCACAAUGACGCAAAUAUUUCUGAUGAUGAUCUAGAAGAUGAAAAUGUUUCUGAUGAAGAAGCUUUUGAUGAGGAGUGUGAAGAUGAAAAUGUUUCUGAUGAAGAAGCUUUUGAUGAGGAGUGUGAAGAUGAAAAUAUGUCUGAUAAAGAACACGGUGGUAACAAUUUUGAAGGAAAAUUUGAUUAUGACCACGAAGAAGAUUUUGAUUAUGGAACAGAAGAAAUGUCAUCUAAUGAAGAUGGCUAUGACAGUGAAUUAGAUGAUGAUUUAUCAUACAAUGACUCUAAUGCCAAUACAAAAAUUAAAAAUACUAAAGAAGAUAUUUAUGGUAGAAUAAGAGAAUCUGAUGGUACUAUAAUAGUAAGCAAUUUAUUAAAAAAAUAAAAUAAUUGUUAUCUGUUUAAAUUUUCCCUCAAUUAUGUAUAUUAAUAGGAACAAUCUUCAGUUUACAUUCCUCCACAUUUAAGAAAAAAACAAAAUGAAGAUUCUGAACAACUUAUACGUCUUAGACAACAAGUAAAAGGGCUGUUAAAUAGGUUAGCUGAAACUAAUAUGCACAACAUUAGUAGACAGGUACAAUUUAAAAAAUUAAUUCAUUUUUACCAAAUGUGUUAUUUACAUUUAUUAUUGAUACAUGAUUACAGAUAGAAGACCUUUAUCAAAUUAACAGCAGAAAUAAUAUGAAUGAAACGGUGUAUAAGUGUAUUACCGAUUCUAUAGUCAAUUCAACAUGUGUAACACCGUAUAGAAUUAUUGUAGAGAGUAGUACAUUAAUAACAGUUCUACAUACUAAUGUCGGUAGUGAAAUCGGUAAUUAUAAAUGAAACUAAGUUAAUAAAAUAGAAAAUAUUAAUUUUUAUAAAUUCAAUAUGCUUUAUCUAGAAUAGAAUAGUAUAGACAUACCGUCAAUUAUUGUUAUUUCUAAUGGUGUUUAGGCAAUUUUUAAGAGUAUAUACAAUAAAAUUUACAAAUUUCUAUAAUACUUAGUAAAAUAAUUAACCUUUAUCAUUAACAAAAAAUUGAAUGAAAUUAUCUUUUAGUGUGCUGUAAAUCUUUUUUAAAAAUAAACUAGUUAAAAUUUGAGAUAUUUAAUCUGAACUAGUUCAAGUUCUCCUUCAUAAUUUUCAAAAUUAACUAGUUUAAGUUCAUUAAAUUGAAAUGAGGGUAAAUUAUUUAUAUAUAGUAUUGUUAAUUAUUAAUUUAUUUUAAUUACUGUGUCUAUCAAAUAAUAGUGAGUUUAAGUAUGCAUAAUAAAUAUUUAAUCAUUUAUGAAAUAAAUGAGUCUCCUUUAAGUGGAUGCCAUGCCUACAUGUACUGUCUCCACCAUACAACCGCACAACAUUGCAAACAUUUUUUGAGUAGGGACAACUCUGUGCUGUUAGUUUUAUUAAUUGAUAUUUUAUCAAACUUAAAGAUAUUAACAUUAUCUGUGUUGUCGUUUAGUUAGGUUUCAAUUAAAUUUGUUUAAUUAGUUCAUCUUCAAUAACUAAAUUAAUCAAACAAUGAAUAAAUAUAUAUUUUUUUUUUUUUUCUAAAAAAUUAUAUCUUAUACUAAAAAUAUAAAAACUAUUAGUUUCUAACAAAUGAAUUAUAAAAUAUGCUAUGAAUUAUUUUUAUUUUCAAUUGUAUAAUUUUUUUAUUUCUUGCAUAGUGUUUUAAAAUGCUUGGGAAUAAUCUCAUAGGGAACAUUUUUCAAAAUUUAAUGGAAAUAAAGCCAUAUAAUAUGUACUACUAUUUGUACAGAGUACCUAUUCACUAGCACCUCCCCUCCAAAUAAAACACUUUAGUACUGUGAUAGAAAACCACCAAAGAUUCAACAAUGUGUUAAUAAUAAUUUAACUUCUUAGUUAUGAUAAGAAAAUAUAUGAUUUUGAAAUAUAUAAUUUAUAAAGUUUAUUAAUUUAUUAAUAUUAAACUAAUUCUAUAUCUAUAAACAAAUUGUUCAAAAUUAAAUAGAAGUACACUAUUUCAAUUUAAAAUAACUUUUUUUUAUACACAUAACAGACAAAUGUAUUGUUAUACAAAAUGAGUUUUAAAAAUGUGCACAUUGAAAUUAGUGUUACAUUGACUGUAAUAAUUCAUCAUCAUAGGUAUUGAUACUUAUAAAAACAAUAUAAAAAAAUAAUACAUAUAAUACUAUUUACCUAUAUUUGACUACACUUGAAUAACAAUAUUAAAUAUUUGUAUUGAUUUACAGGUGCAUUUUUUCUUCAAAAUUUAGCAACUAAAUUAAACACACUAAUUGAAAGCGAUAAUACAAAAGUAGAGGAUAAAGAGGUAGAUAAUAUCAUGCUACUGUUGUGUUGUAUGUAUGCUUUUAAAGUAAGUAAAUAAUUAAUGUGAUAUUGUUAGUAAUAUUUUAAGAAGGUAAGAAAAUAUAAUGUUGAAGGUCACCUACCAGGUAGAAAAUCAUUUGCCAAUUUAGAAACUAGGAUUUGAUUCUAGGUCUAAACACAUGAUUUUUGGUUCUAUUUUCUGAUUUCUAAUAUAUAUUACAAUAUUAACAUACUUUUAAAAUUUAAUUUUUAUUAAUAGAUUCAAAUAUAAUGUAUAAAAUACAUAACAGAUGACGGUAUUAUGUCAUAAUAUAAAAUAUUUUUUUAAAGCAUAGGGAACUUCAAUAUCACACUCUGUAUGUAUAUAUUCAUAAUUUAAACUCAGCUUUGUAACUAUUACAUGAUUUAUUGUAUAUAAGCACUAUAAUUGUGUGUUUUAAUUACAUGUUCAUUACAUUUUAAUUAUAAUUCUAACCUUUUGACCAGAUUUUAUUUAACAGUUUUUGUUAAGAUUCAUAAAUAUAAUAUAUAGUAAUGUAGCCAGGAUUUUUUUUAGAAGGGUGUUUUUAUUUUGUGUUUAGAUGUAACUUUGUAAUUUUAUUGUGCAUAUGUAACACACAUAACAUGUACUUAAUAAUUAUCUGUAUUAUAUAUUUUAAACAACACAUUUUGUAGAAAUCUUAUGCAUAAUUAGUAAAAAUUCUAAUUGUUGGCGGCAUGAAUAAAGUCAAAGGGGGGUGUUUGAACACCAAAACACCUCUUUUGCUACUCUACUAAUAAUAUAAAAUGUAUAUUCAAAAUAGUGUCCUCACUAGUUAGUACACUUGAGAAAUAAAAUUGAUUAGGUAUUACUUAUUUACUUAUUAUAUUUGUUCCAUAUUUAACAUUUGUUUUAUUUUAUUUUAUUGUGUUCAAGGUGUUUCAUAGUGGUUUUAUUUUUGAAAUUUUAGACAAACUUGUAGAUAAGUUCAAAGAAAAGCACAUUGAUCUAAUUUUAAGUGUUUUAAGAACUAUAGGAUUUAAUCUUAGGAAAGAUAAUCCUACAUCAAUUAAAAAAUUGUUAUUAGACAUUCAAAAAAAAAGUUCAGAUAUCUGUGAAUCAACAAUCAGGUACAUUUAGAAUAUGGAAUUUUCAACAUUCUAUGUUGAAUAUUGUUCAUAUUAUUAUAUAUUUGUUUAUUUUCAGUUCUAGAGUAAAAUUUAUGUUGGAAAUUUUGUCAGCAAUCAAAAAUAACAAUGUUAAUAAAAUACCUACUAGUUCUGAACAAUGUUAUUCAACGUAUAUUGAACAUAUACAAAAAAUAAUACGUUCAUACUAUAAAUACAAUAAAACUCCAGCAGAAUUAGCUAUAUCCUAUGAAGAUUUACUUAAUGGUAAAUGUAAUUUUUUUUUUAAUUGUCUACAAUUGUAGUAUCUAAAUAACAAAAGUAUUUAAUUUUUUAAUAUUUAGCUGACAAUAAAGGUCGUUGGUGGAUUGUGGGUUCAGCAUGGAAGGGCGAUGAACAUAUAAAUAAAAAUAUUUCACAAAAUAAAGACGUGUAUGAUAAAAAACUUUUGGAGAUGGCAAAAAAGUAUCGUAUGAAUACUGAUACUAGAAAAAAUAUUUUUUGUAUUUUAUUCACUGCUGAGGUAUGCAUAAUAUAAAAAUUAUAAGUACUAAUUUAACAAAUAUGAUUAUAUUUUCAUAGGAUUAUUUAGAUGCUUUCAAUAAACUAAUUCGAUUGGGUUUGAAAGGCCAACAACAAGAAGAAAUAGUUAGUGUAUUAAUUCAUUGUUUAUUAAUUUACAAAGUGUACAAUCCAUACUUUGCUUUUAUAGCACAACAGCUUUGUGAAUCUGAUAGGAAAUAUCAGGUAUUUAAAAAAAAUGUUUUACUAUUCUAAUAUGAAUACUAUAAUUGAAUUUAAUUUGCAUUUUAGGCGUUUAUCAAGAAAUCUUUAAAUGUGCGUUUGGAGGAAAUUUCAAAUUUGAAAACAUAUCAAAUUCCUAUUUUAGCAUCAUUUUUAGCCCAAAUGUUACGAAAUCAUUCGCUCCCAAUCACAAUUUUAAAAGUAAAAAACUUCUAUUGAUUUUAAUUUACCAAAUUUUUGUAAUACAUUUUUAUUUAUUCAAUAGAAUGUUGACUGGGGAAGUUUGAACAAACUAAUGGUGAGUUUUGUACGACAAACUCUUAUCAAAGUGUUACAGGAUAUUGACGAUGAAGAAACAGCUAAUAUAUUCAUGAAAGCAUCUAAAAACCCAGGCUUACAGUUUUUCCGCGAAGGACUCUCACUAUUUUUAAGUCACUUCCUCAUAAAAAAUGCCUCUAAAAACAUUAGCGAUAGCAAAUUACAAUUGUUAACUGAACGAGUAAAAGCUGCACAAGCUGCAUUAAACCGCAGUUAG